AUUAUUGGAUGAUGUUGCGUGUGAUGGAACUGAACAGUUUCUUGCAAACUGCUCACACACUUCAAAUCACAACUGUGGACACUCAGAAGAUAUUCUUCUACCAUGGCCUCUAGCUCAGAAAUAAUUGCUUCUUCUACUGAAGUACUAACAAGUUCUGAGGUUGUUUCUUCAACACAACCUUCGUCAAGCACCAUUGCUCUUAACUCAGGAAGUGCUUCUUCUAGUGAAAUAUUAACAAACUCCGAAGCUGUGUCUUCUACUCCACAACCUUCAAGCACCAUUGUCUCUAGUUCAUUUGUCUCUUCUACUAAAGUAAUGACAACUUCUAGUUCACUUAUAAACACUGCAGUGUCAUUUUCCUCACCAGUAACAACCCCUACUGCAUCUCGAUUAGUCUCACGUAGCAAGACCCAGUUCCACGAGACUACUUCUCAAUCUGAAAAAUUUUCCACUAGUAAUAAAAGCCCUGAAACUUCUCAUGCACCUACCAGCUCAGUAAAAGUGUCACAGUCACCUACAAAAGUGCCAAUGUUGUAUCUAGACUAUAGUAUUAGAAUUUCUUUAAGUGGAUUCAGUAUAGCUACCUUUACAGAAAGCAUUCUGCUUAAUUUUAAAAUAGCAACGGUAGAAUCAGUCAAUAGCUAUUGUAGUUCAAGGACUAGAGAAUGUUCAGUGAUAAAUUUAUCAAGAGAGAGACAGAGUUUAUGGAUACCAAUAUCAGCUGAUAAUGUUAAGAUUUAUAACAUCACAGAGAACUCAAAUAAUGGAAUAGAUAUCAUAUUCUAUGUGACAAUAUCUGAUAACUCUGUACUGUCUGCUGAUGAUUUAUAUAAUGCUGUUCAGGGAGGCAUUAAUGAUGGCACAUAUAGAAAUGCAGGAUUUAGUGGAGCUACUACUACUCUCUUGGAAAACCCAACUGAUCCAACAUCUUCAACAACACAAUCAUUAAAUCCUGGAUUGCUUGCUGCCAUUGUUGUAUCAGUGUUAUUCAUCCUUAUACUCUUUCCAAUUAUUAUCUUAGCAAUUAUUUAUAUGAGGAAAAAAUGUAAAAGAAACGAUGGAUACAGUGAAGUUCCCCUAAGAGAGAACUGUAUGAACAAUGAUAUUUUCUCUGAAUCCUCAGAGAAUAACACAAUUGGAGAAGAUGUAACGCUAAGAGGCUUGUAUGUUCAGACUGAUGAGAAUGAGAGAGUACAAAGCUUUAACCCAGCAUUUGACAAAGAUGCUGAUGAAAGGAAGUAUAUGUAUGAUUUUGUUGAAAAUGAGGAAAAAGAAACUACCUCUUUUUAUUAAUAAAAUAAUGUUCUUGUUUUUGUUAAUCAUUGAAUUAUGUUUGUUUCAUAACUGGUCAAAAUCAGUUAAAACUUAA